CCAUGGCAACGAGGGCGGAUGGCGCCUGCGCGAGUCACUUCCGGAAGUGACGUGCGGAAGGGGUGCCCGAGACAAAGCCAUGGCCCUGGAGGCGUCGGGAGGGCCGCCGGAGGAAACGCUGUCACUGUGGAAACGGGAGCAAGCUCGGCUGAAGGCCCACGUCAUAGACCGGGACACCGAGGCGUGGCAGCGAGACCCCGCCUUCUCGGGUCUGCAGAGGGUCGGGGGCGUUGACGUGUCCUUCGUGAAAGGGGACAGUGUCCGCGCUUGUGCCUCCCUGGUGGUGCUCAGCUUCCCUGAGCUGGAGGUGGUGUACGAGGAGAGCCGCGUGGUCAGCCUCACAGCCCCCUACGUGUCGGGCUUCCUGGCCUUCCGAGAGGUGCCCUUCUUGCUGGAGCUGGUGCAGCAGCUGCGGGAGAAGGAGCCGGGCCUCAUGCCCCAGGUCCUUCUUGUGGAUGGAAACGGGGUGCUCCACCACCGAGGCUUUGGGGUGGCCUGCCACCUUGGCGUCCUUACAGACCUGCCUUGCAUUGGGGUGGCCAAGAAACUUCUGCAGGUGGACGGGCUGGAGAACAACGCCCUGCACAAGGAGAAGAUCCGACUCCUGCAGACUCGAGGAGACUCGUUCCCUCUGCUGGGAGACUCUGGGACUGUCCUGGGAAUGGCCCUGAGGAGCCACGACCGCAGCACCAGGCCCCUCUACGUCUCCGUGGGCCACAAGAUGAGCCUGGAGGCAGCUGUGCGCCUGACUUGCUGCUGCUGCAGGUUCCGGAUCCCAGAGCCCGUGCGCCAGGCUGACAUCUGCUCCCGAGAGCACAUCCGCAAGUCGCUGGGACUCCCCGGGCCACCCACACCGAGGAGCCCGAAGGCGCAGAGGCCAGUGGCAUGCCACAGAGGAGACUCUGGAGAGUCCUCAGGUGAGGGCCAGCCCCCACAGGACCACAGCCCAGGCCCCAGGACAGCCCCGAGGCCAGGCUCCCAGGAGCAGGCGGGCAAGGACUGGCAGUAGGGUGGAACUGGGCACCAUGAAGACAAGAAGGACACUGGCCACCCCGUUCUGGCCUCAGGACACUGACCACCCCUGGGGGUGGUCUAGGGACUUAGGGAAACCUUACCUCAGCUGCAGGUAGAGCACCCAGUCCCCAAAGACAGGCUGACCGCACCACCCCAGGGGGACACUGCAGCACAGCCCAGCGCCAGGUGGGGCGGAGGUGACCACGGCCCCUCUUCGCCCUGUCAUCGGCUGGUCAGCUGUGGUCACGGCGCCUCAGAGGACAGAUCUCUAUGGGGGCAAGUGCCAGAUCCUGAGAGUGCACGAGACGGGGACUCGGAGCUGCAGCCUGCACGACCCCUGCAGCCUGUGCUUUGCCCGCCCCUGUCAAUAGAUGGGACUUGCUUGCUCUUUUUUUUUCUUCUCAGGGUUCAUUUUUUAUUUUA